GGUGAAGUUUAUCCUGGAAUUAUAAACUUUAGGUUGCAAGGAAAGGGCAAGGAGUUGGCUGGUGGCUGGGAAGCGUUUCCGCGGCGCCUGACUCGCUCUCACGUUCGGCUUUCGCGCGAAGCUUCGUGACCCGGGUGAGCCACAGUUCGCUAUGGCGGCCAUUGCUUCUUCCUCCGCUGCGGCGGCAUUGAAGGUAGCCGCUCUCAACAAGGAGUUUCUGGGGCAGAACGUGGUUAGCGGCCCUGCUGCUACCGUCAGGUGCGUCGCGGCCCCGAAGUCUUUGAGAGUGGUCGCCGCAAAGAAGGCCGCUGCUGCCAAACCCAAGGCAGCUGCCAAGAAAGCGGCUCCUGCUCCCUCCAACCCGGAGCUCGCCAAGUGGUAUGGUGCGGACCGCAGGAUCUACCUCCCGUCGGGACUGUUGGACCCGUCCGAGAUUCCCGAGUACCUCAUUGGAGAGGUCCCUGGCGAUUAUGGAUAUGACCCAUUGGGUCUGAGCAAGAAGCCAGAGGACUUCGACAAGUACCGGGCCUAUGAGCUCAUCCACGGUCGAUGGGCCAUGCUGGGAGCUGCCGGUUUCAUCCUUCCUGAGGCCUUCAACAAGUUCGGUGCCAACUGUGGUCCCGAAGCAGUGUGGUUUAAGACCGGUGCCCUGCUGCUCGAUGGUGGCACCCUUAACUGGUUCGGUCUGCCGAUCCCCAUCAACCUUGCUGUUGCUGUCGUCCUGGAGGUCGCUCUCAUGGGAGCAGUCGAGUUCUACAGAUCCUCGAACAAGGGACCGUUGGGUGAGGACCUGGACAAGCUUCACCCUGGUGGCGCGUUCGACCCGUUCAACCUGGCAAGCGAUCCGGACACAUUUGCAGUCCUGAAGGUUAAGGAGAUCAAAAAUGGCCGCCUGGCCAUGUUCUCCAUGCUUGGUUUCUUCAUCCAGGCCUAUGUCACUGGUGAUGGCCCUGUUGAGAACCUCGCCAAGCACUUGAGCGACCCCUUCGGCAACAACCUCCUUACUGUCCUUGGAGGUGGCAUUGAGAAGAUGCCUACCUUAUAGAUGGUUUACUGCUGCCAGACUAACGGGAGGGCCUUGAGGCUAGCCAACUGAUCUCAUGCAACAGGCAUAGCUAGAUUAUGAACUUGGGGGUCCGUCACUGCCACGUGCUAACAUGGAUGUCCACCCUCUUGGGUUCCUCGCACCAUGUUGUUCGCAUGGGCAGAGGGGGGUGGCAAUCAGAAAGCAUUGCAAUGAGAGAGGGAAGGAGAAAUAGGAGAGAGGUGCCAGCCACAUGGCAGGCAGCAUCUUGGAAGAAGAAGGAAGACAUUCAAUAAGUAGGUUGAAAAAAGACAUGCAAUAAGUAGGUUGAAAUUUUAAUGUACAGCCAGAAUGCGAUGUUGGAUAAGGAAAGAAGAGGGACCAAGGGAGAGAAUGAGAGAGGCGAGGCUGUGCUUGUGUGCAUUUGAUUAGCCGUGAAAGUCUCAAAGAGACCAAUUCUGUUUCGUCUUUAGUGGAAUCUUGGUGGGGGGGGGGGGGGAGGAGGGGGGAUGUUGACUUCCAUUCAAUUCUUGAGUGUCACCUGCUGUACAGUGAGGAAAUGCGCCGACUUUUACAUAGAUGUAUUUUUAUUGUGCUUGCCAAAG